UUCACUGUAUUUCAUAUUUUUUUGGUUCCAUCCAGUCCAUUUUAAUGGAGAAAAACAACUUAUAAAAGACCAAGAAGUGUAUCAUCAAUGUUACAUUUAAAACGCCCUCAUGUCCAUUUUCACUGUUCACUUCAGUUUGCCUUUAUUUUGAAAUGUAUAACCGGAAGCUCCGUGUUGUAUUCAUGAUGAGCAACAAGUGCUGAGGGCCUGAGGCAGCAGACUCAAAACUUCUGCAUCAGGACCGGACGGUGGUCGGACUCAGAAAAACUGAUUUAUGGACUUUUUUUAAUAACACAAGUUAUAUAAGUUGUUGCAGCACAUGUCUGUGAAAGAGACGGAUCACACGGAACUGUUGUUGUUACUUAAACUGUAACGAAAAUGAGUCCGGUUUUGUUUCUUCUGCUGCUCUGUCUGCGAACCGCGGAGCUCCGUCACAGAUCAGCCCGGGAGGUUCAGCCGGGGUCUGCGAUGGAGACGGAGGAUGCUGGACCUCCGGCACCGGGGACAAAUGAUGUUCUCUCCCCGGAUAGGACUUCUCUAGCCCGAAAUGAAAGUUUUAAAGUUCCCGGCCUGAAGCGGGUCCCCCGUGGAGCAAAGGAUGGUAAUUUCAGGAAAAGAGAGCCGCACUCACCGAGCAGUAACGGGCGACCGUACGACGACCCGAGCGGUUACUUCACCACCACCCCACGGGCAGCCUCCUCAGCCCGGCCCGGUACUAACUCAUCGUCAGUCCGCGGGUCGGGGCUCCUCAACCCGCUGUUCCCGGUCACCGAUGGCUCCUACGCGGCGUACGCGGUAAUGCUGCUGGCCCUUGUGCUGUUCGCCACGGGCAUCGUUGGUAACCUCGCGCUCAUGUGCACAGUGUGGCACAACCUGUACCUGAAGAGCGCGUGGAACUGCAUCCUCGCGGGGCUGGCUUUCUGGGAUUUCCUCGUGCUGUUCUUCUGCCUCCCCGUGGUCAUCUUCCAUGAGCUCACCUUGAAGAGGUUGCUAGGAGACCUGUCCUGUCGGCUCGUGCCCUAUUUGGAGGUGAGCUCUCUGGGUGUGGCCACAUUCAGCCUCUGUGCUCUGAGUAUUGAUCGUUUCCAUGCAGCCACCGGCCCCGGGCCCCUACAGACGCCGAGGGUGGAGCCCUGCCAGUCCAUCCUGUCCAAGCUGUCCGUCAUCUGGGUGGGCUCCAUGGUGCUGGCGGCCCCUGAGCUGCUGCUGUGGCAGCUGGUGCAGGAGACCGUCAGCCUGCCGAUGCUCCCCAGUGACCGGCAGGGAGGAGGCUCUCUGAUGGCCGCCUUAAGGGCCCGAUCAGAAGCCUUUAAGGUGGAUAUCUGCGUCCGAGAGCCGUCGGUGGAGCUCCCAGAGAACAUCUACUCUCUGGUGCUGACCUACCAUGAGGCCCGCAUGUGGUGGGUCUUCGGGUGCUACAUCUGUAUGCCACUGCUCUUCACUCUGGCCUGCGACUUAGUGACGAGGCAGGUGGUCGCCCAACGUCUCCCGCAGAAACCCACCAUUGAAAAAGUGAUCGAAAGAUGUUCGUCCUCGUCGAAGAAGAAGCAGCACACGAGAGAGCAGAGGCUGCGCACAACUGUGAUGUCUCUCACCAUCUUGUACGUCAUAUGCAACCUGCCGGAGAGCAUCUGUAACAUCACCCUGGCGUACGUCUCCGCCCACGUGUCCGCAGCUCUCCCGGCUCUGGCCCUGCCGGCUCUGGGUUUGCUGGGACAGUUCCUGCUGUUCGUGCGUUGCUCGGCGACCCCGGUGCUGCUGCUGUGCCUGUGCCGCUCGCUGGGCCAGGCCUUCAUGGACUGCUGCUGCUGCUGCUGCGAGGAGUGCCUCCCCGAUGGCAACUCUUCCUCAUCUGCCUCGACUGCAGCCACCUCCAACCCCUCCUCGCCCACAUCGCCAACUCCGUCCUCCCUGUCCCCUUCCUGCAAAGAUGAGACCAUGAAGAGCUUGUUGCCGAUAGAACCAUCAGUUUGCUACGACCGGGUGAAAGACUCUUCAACAGUUAUCGGGACACCCUGCUGAGUUUUAGAACUGCAAAUAGGUUUAUCAUUUAGGUGUAUUUGUUUUGUCCAUCAUAUAGUGAAGCAGGGAAGACAUAUUUUUGUAGGGUGACCCGGAAGUCAGCAUCACCCUGGUUCCCUCAAUUAAAGACAAUGGGAUUUUCCCAAUGGAUUGUUGCAUAUGAACUGACGUCUUUGAUGCUGAGAAGAAAUCGUUAAAGUAUGUAAGCUUGUGUCAACCACAGAUCUUCUUCAACCCAUCGAGACGAGGGAACCGGAACUUCUAAAUGCUUACACAAUUCCGGGUUUUAGGACUCAUUCCUGAAUCACUCUUUCUCUAUCAUUUAUAAGAAUGUUGUACUCUCCAAGUUGAUAUCGGAGAUCUGGGGGAAACAAGAAGUCUGAUGUGUCCGAUUUUGUUAAGUUCUUCCAGAUCCGCAGAGCAGUAAACCGAUCAGACAGGUUGGAGAGAAAAGUACACACACUCCUCUGCACCAGUCUGUUUUCCAAGAAGGGAAAUCUUUAUACUGUAGCAUUCAAUAAGAUUUAGGGGAAUAGUAUACUUCCUACUUUUCCCUUUUUAACAAGACGAUGCCCCCAUUAUACAAAACCAGCUCCAUAAAGAACUGGGUUUCCCAAAAAACAACAACGUUACUGUACAGAGCCCUGAUAUCUGCUCUAUCCAAUGCAAACCCAGAUUUGAUCACCAAACAUCACCAUAACAAUGCUUUUGUCUAAACUUGAUUUGGCACCAAAAUAUUUAUUUUCCAAGGUAAAGUUUUAACAUAAGGUGGGUCUGUAAAAUGUGAUGGAUGUUACCAUUGUUGACUUUGUUUUUCUUUCCGAAUUAAGUUUCUUCAACCAACAAAUUCGUUUCUAACCUGUUUAAAUGUCUGACUGCUCGUUUUUUUAUUAUCCAUUAUUCCCUUUGCAGUGAAAUCCCGUUUUUUCAGCGGUAAACCUGCAAGUACAAUAAAAUAUUAUUAAAACUGAUAGAAAUGAUGGACAAAACUACUGAAAUAAAAGUUGUUAUAGACUGGAAUUAUCCUAAGUCUGUAUGAACCGGUAGUUUAGAGCCACUGUAGGAGCAGAAACGUGACUACGGUUAGAUGAUUACAAACAAUAUAGAAUGUCUGAUAUUGUUUUUGUGCAUUUUUUGUGGGGGGAUUUUAGUGUUGUCCACCUGUGAUGGAUUUAAUCCUGUUAUUUUAGGAGUCAUAAAUAUUUUACAGGUGUUUUUUAUUAUAAAGUUAUUAAUAUGGAUCUAAUGCUCUUUCGAAUAUCUGUAUUUUCUGCUCUAAGUACUGUAUCAGAUAGAAACACUGGACAUUAGAGGGAUUUUUUAGGGAUAAACUGAAAUAGAAAUACUACUGAGACUUUUUAUCGGCAAAUUGACUGCUGUGAACUUAUUGAAGUAUUUCUGUUUGUUUUUUGUACAUGAUUUUGCUGUUGCUGUUUGUGUAGACAGUAGGUUAAACAUGGGGAUGAAAAUAGGUCAUAUUAGAUAUAAAUCAGAAUUUUGAAGCUACGAGACUUGGGUAUAGUCAAUUUUUAGGAUGUUAGUAGAUUCCUUUUGUUUUUAGAAUUUACAUUUGAUUGCCCUGAACAGUGGAGAUGUUGAUAAAUGCUCUAUCUGUGUUCACAAAGCCUUUUAUACAACAAAUGACUGGAAUAAAAAUGAACUUAAUGGAUUUAGAAUUCCAUUAAUUCUUAUUUCAAAUCUGAAUUUUAUGUUUUUUGUUUUUUUUUCAUUACAUCUUUGAAUAUAAAAUCUGAUUAUUACCCACAUUUUAAACGAAUCCCAUCCAAAAACCAAAACAAGUCAACUGAUUCAUAUGUCUUCCUCUGUGCUAUAGAAGUGUCACGAUCUGUCUGUGUUGUGUUUUGUCUUGUCUUUUUCUGUCUUUGGUUUCCUGUUUUAUUUUGAAAAGUGUUCACCCCCUGUCUUUCCUGUUGCUUCCUGUCUCUGUGUUCCCUCCUGCCUGAUUACCCGAUUGUGUUCACCUGGUGCCCCUGU